UUCAGUGGACAUAAGAACAUUGUGCACGAAGGGUUAAAUUAUAUGUGCAGCUUGUCGUUGCUAAUAUUUAAAAUUGAUUAUCUCUGUUCGUUAUUUGAAAAAAAUCUCAUUCGAUUAAUAAGUUUUUCUACGUAAACAUUUAGAGAGAAGUAAAAUAAAGUAAUUUUCUGAAAUGUCUUUAUCGUCAGUAAUAGUUAGAAAAUAUUUUGGUUACUUGCUUUGAAAGUGUCCGAAUACGUAACGUUUAAUCUGAAGAGACGAGGACGCGCGGUGUCCGACGAGUAGGCACGAGAGCAACCGAACUUGGCCGGAUUAGGCCGAGCGAAGAAUGCGACGAAAGGGUGGCAACGAAAGGAAACGACGGGUUGUGCCUGAGAGAAGUGCAGCAGUGGCAGCUGUUUGAGGAUAAACGGUGAACGAAACGCAUCGUCCGAGAAACGUAUACUCGCACGGUUCGGUGCGUUCUAACGCGAACGACUACGACGAAAUUAAAUAUAAUACGUAUAAUAACGCGACGUAUUAAGCGGCAAGUUCGAUUAAUUUGUUCUUUAUCAUUGCAAGUGCGAAAUUGAUUAAUCAGAAAUUAUCUUUUUUCUUUCUUUUAUCGUGCGUGAUACUACCACCCACAAUUAGUAUAAAUGCGUACAUAACCUAAAGCACAUACCAUAUACAUAUUUAUAUAAUAUAUAACAUAUAUAUAUAUAUUGCAUUGCGUCGCGUGUGUCUUGUUGUGUUGUUACUGUUAUUGGUUGAUUAGAAGGAGAAAGAGGAAAAACCCAAGGUGAAAGUAAAAAUAGAGAGAAUAUAAAAAAGAAAGAAAAAGAAAAUGUGGCACUCAUCAUCAGAUAGGAAAGUUGAACAGACAAAACAUCGAGAUAAUGUUGCAGAUAAUAUCGCCGAGAAAAAUUGGAAGAAGGAAAUUGAGGAUUCGGAUCGCAUUGAUUCUGGAUUUCUUUCUAGUGGAAAUUUGCAGCUCAGCUCCGAGCUCGAACGCUCGGAGUUGGACGUUGGAAGAGAUUUUAGUGUCGUAACAUCGGAACCAAUGAGAGCCGACAGUGGCGUAGAUCUUGGCCUAAGCGAAAGCUUGAGCCAACUAACCCUUAAACAAGUUACUUUGAAUCCUUUGGCAAGUGGAAAAGUACAAGUCGAGCCUACCACUGAACUUGCACCUCUAAGCCCAGAUCAACAAAAUAUUAUUGAGCAACAUCAAGGAGACUAUGUAUCCCCAAUCAUUGACAAUAAUAUUGGAAUUUGUGAAAAUCGACGGAAAAGAUUAAUCGAGGAGCCUUGGCAGCUUUAUUACACGCAGGACAAUGAGGGAGACACGCAACUACAUAUCGCCAUUGUGCAAGGCUUUUUGGAGGCUGCCUUUAGUCUCAUAAGAAUGGCACCCCAUCCGUGUUUAUUGGAUAUUCUUAACGAUGACGGUCAAUCUCCAUUACAUUUGGCCGUUUUAACUCGCCAACCAAGAAUCGUUAGACGUCUUAUCCUGGCAGGUGCGGAUCCUUCCUUGAGGAAUUUACGGGGAAACACGGCACUUCAUCUUACAUGCGCAACUGGCGAUUUGAGUUGCGCCAAGGCUCUGACCGAUCCCUUGUCUCCUGUCGAAAGAAAUUAUUUCCUACCUGGCAACAAGAUUCCAGCACUGCCACAAAAUUUAGAACAGAGAAAUUAUGACGGAGAGAUGUGUCUGCAUAUAGCCGCUUCCGGUGGUCAGGUUGAGCUUGUCCGUUUGUUGCUAAGACUCGGAGCUGAUCUUGAGGCACGCGAAGCGCUCUCAGGCAAAACUGCCCUUCAUCUUGCUGUUGAAGGACGUCGUCGAUCGGUAAUAGCCUUCCUACUGCACGAAUGCAGGCCUUGUUUGAAUGCCCCGACAUACGCAGGCAUUACAGCUUAUCAAAUUGCACUUUGCUUGGAUGGACAACUUGCGAGGGAACUAGUCAGACUUGGAGCAACGCCACAACCUCUUCCUGAAUCCGAUUCCGAGGAAAGCGAUGACGAAGAUGACAAACCCGACGAUUAUCUACCGUUGAUUACAAGGCACCGACAACAAAAUAUUGUAGGCGUAGGAGUAUAAAAAAUAAAAAAAUAAGAAAUAACGUUAACACGGAGAAAGCGGAAGAAGCGAAUAGAAAAUGUCUAAUUAGAAUGGGAAAUUACGUUCAAUGAAAAUUUAUAGAUCUACAUGUUUUAACGCGUUCCGUUGCCGAAUUAGAUUUUCAAUGACUUUUAACGUUCGAGCCUCAUGAGUUAAGAUGAACCCACAAAUGAAUAGUCAAAAUUUCAAAUAGUCUGCACGAAAAGUUCACACGGUGAGGGGACGUAUUUGAUCCGUGUCCCAUGGAAUAUUAUAAUUCCUAACGAAAAAGUAUACGUAACUAUAUGUUUUUAUUAUAUUGGGGUUCCAUAGCAAAAAAAAAUAAUUGAACAUUCGACGAGAUAUGAAUCGAUAGUUCAUUAAAUGUGAUGAAUUUUUUACUUUUUUUUUAUAGUACAAAUAAAUUUAAAUAAACGAUCUGCUGCGUUUUUAUACGUGAACAAAUUCGAGAUCUUUUGUUUGUUUUUCUUUUAUGGAGGGAUACGUACUAAUUGAUUUUACGUAGUAGUAAUCAAUAUAUUCCUCGCGUUUUGUUAUCAUUAAUGGAACAAUUAAGAUAACUUCAUCGAAUCUUUAAAAGAGGAUCAACAACGUCAAAGACGUUACAUGUAUAACGAUAAAUACGAAAAGAUUUAUUCAAGAAGAGAAAUGAACGAUAUAUUAUAACGAAAAGAAAACGAAUAAAAUAUUCGACAACGAAUGAAGCAAUCAAGCAAGCAAACGAACGAAGAAAGAAAAUCUUUUACGUUUGAAAAACAAAUCUAUGAGAAAAAAUAGACUACUUUACACACGAUAACAAAUUAUUUUGCCCAAAUAGCUAUUGAAUUUUUGUAUUCACAUUUUAAAUAGGGCAGGAGACCUCAUCGUUUAAUAAAAAACAACUUUAAAUUGUUAUUUAAAGUUAAACCCGAUUAUUAGAACGAAAGUGUCCUUUCAUUUGUCUUAAAAAAAAUACGUGUUGUUCAUUUACAAGAUUAAUACCUCUUUUAUUUAAAAAAAUUCAUAAUAUCUAUCUAAAGUAAUUAAUUUAUAUAUAUUUAUUGUUUUAUUGUAACACGUAUUUUACAAGAGUAAGAGUUUUUGUUAAAAAAUAAUUUCAUUUUUGGUUUGAAUAAUUCUGUGCCGAAUUGUUUCAUCAUUUAUUUGUUUAAAAAGUUAUAUUCAGUACCAAGUGUAAAGGAUAACACGGAAUAAAUAGUAAAUUAUCGUUAUUUAGGGUUGUUCGAUUUUUUAAGUGGAACUUCUUUUGGGAGGGUACCGAAACUUGUCAAGCGACACGAAAAGUUAAAGCUUUAAGGGAAGGGCGUUAUUUGAAUGAUAGGGGAGAAACAGAGAAAUAUCGAUCUGUCAAGACUUACGGAAAAUGGCAGGGGAAACUUAAGAAGUUUCAUUUCAAUUCGCCUGUAGGUUCCACGUGCUUUUAUUUUUUUAGUUUCUUUGAAUUUUUAAAAUGUCGAUGCACUUCCAUUUCUUUUUUUUUUUUUUUUUUUUUUUUUUAUUUGAUUUUUUUCGUAUAUCAAACGAUAAGUCCUUUUGUGACAUAGAAUAAUUACAACAAUUAUGGCAAAAACCAUUAAUAACGUUAUAAUAUUGGUUAAUGUGUGAGAUCAGACACAUCACAGAAUAUAUUUACGCUUAUGAAUCCUCGAAUUAUUGAGAACAUUCUUUGUAAAUCUUACGUAAUGUACAUAUAUAUACAAACAUACUAUCGUCAAAGUAAACAAAAUCGUAAGAUAAUUUCGAUUGUUUCUCGAAAUCUUUAUUUUCGUUAUGUUUUUUGCGUGAAUUUCUUUGUGUACCCGAACAUAUAGGAUUGGACUCGAUGUACAUUCAAAUGAAAUAAGAUUAAUCAAUUAUAUCUAUCAUCAUUAGAUAGAUUAGUGUACAUAAAUAUGUUUAAUGUGUUUUAGUAGAGCCCGUAAAAGAUUAAUAACAUUUAGGUGUGAUAUUUAUCAAAUUUCUUCGACUCCUAACGUGGCUCUAAUAAUGCCUUAGGAGAUGAAUUAUAUUUUCAUAUUUACAUUACUACACCAUUUAAUACACUAUCGGUCUUCUGUAAAUAUAUAACUCUACUUUCACUUCCCUUUUAAAAACGUUUAAUAGAUUAAUUAAUUAUUUAAUGAAUUAUUAUUAAUAAUAAGUGUAUGAAAGAACGAUGCGAAAGAUAUACAAAAGAGAGAGAGAGAGAAAGAAAGAAAGAAAUUGAUGAACGUUGCAGAUAUAUGAUAAUAUAAAACAGACUUAUUGUUAAACGUUCAUAAUUAUUUUUUAGUAAUAAAAGGCCCUACGAUGUGUAAAGGGGGCGUCUUAUAUA